AAUUUUUGGUAACAAUAUAGUGUAAUAUACUGUAUGCUUAUUUUAUGUGAUCUCAUGUAAAAUUGCAAUCAAGUUGUAAAUUAUAUGUAUGUAUAAAAAGUAUUGUAUAGUAAAAUGCAGUGGAAAUUCAAAGAAAAUAACUCAUUUGAGUACCGGAAAAGGGAGUCAUUGAAAAUGUUAAGCAAAUAUCCGGAUCGCAUACCAGUGAUAAUUGAAAAAUAUGUUAAUUCAAACAUAAGUUCAAUGGACAGGGAUAAGUUUCUGGUGCCAUACGACUGCACUGUCUCGCAGUUUCAAUGGACUAUCCGUAGGCGAUGCCAAUUGUCGGCGAGUCAGACCAUCUUUUUGUUUGUUGGCCGCACUUUACCUCAAUCUUGUGCUCUCAUGGGUGAGAUAUAUCAACAGCACAGGGAUGAGGAUGGCUUCCUUUAUAUGGCAUUCAGCGGUGAAAAUACUUUUGGAAAUAACUAACUAAUCAUUACAUUCAACAAACACAUCAAUUU